CAUGGCAAGUACCGGACGCGGUACUGGAUCCGUAGCUUGCCUACGGUGUGAUUCAUCUCCAGGUCCUGCUUGAAAACCCAUUUGAUAAGGAAUAUUAUUUUAAAGAAAAUGGGAAAACUCCGUUAAAAUAGUAUUCGAAAGAUUUCGUGUAUAAAAUCUUAAUCAUACCGAGCGAAACCAACGUUCAAAAUUAAGGAAAAUCUUCUUACAUUUUGCUUACGUCUAGAGUGGUACGGUAACUUUUGUGUUCGGCAGUUCUUGGGCAUGAAAUGUGCCGGUCGCUCCCUCGUCUUUAUACCGAAGCAUUUCCUAGUCGGAAUAAUCUAAAUUUUUCCAGUUGUUUUGUUUUUCCUCCGUCCAAUCUGCAAUCUCAUUCGUGAUCGUUAUUAGAAAAAUUCGUGUCAUUGGUGUUGUUCGUGUUAUUAUUUCCUUGAACGAUUUAUUCCUACCAUUACUUAAUGGACUGAAGACCAUCUGUGAACAGUCACCAUGGAUGUUUCAAAACUACUAAUGUACAUCUGGGGUACCAUUCGGUUCUUCUUGAUCAUUGUCAACAACUUGUACUGCAUACCGACACACUGUUUGUGGUUGCUAACCCUCUGGCCUUUAAAAUGGUUUUCCCCUGAAGUUUUUUUGACAUUGGAAGGCUUCGGUUUCCAGUGGCUACUCUCCAUGGUGUCUGCGUGGAGCUACACGGCUGGUUAUGAUAUUGUGGAAAUGGGUGAUGACAUCAACAAAAUAGUCAAUGAUAAAGCUCUCAUGCUAAUCAAUCAUCAAUCAACCUCUGAUGUGCCAUUGAUAAUGGCGGCCUUGGACGGUCGUAGCCGUAACAUAAUGUGGAUCAUGGAUAGAAUGUUUAUGAAAACCAAUUUUGGACUGGUUUCUUGGUUUCACAAGGAUUUCUUCAUCAGCUCGGGCAAAGCGCGUCGAGAGCAGUCGUUAACGGAACUGACUGUUCACCUGUCCAAUGUCUAUAUGCCUUGCAAGCGAACGUGGAUCCUGCUAUUUCCCGAAGGCGGCUUUUUGCGUAAACGACGCGAGAUCAGCCGCAAAUUCGCGCUAAAAAAUUCUCUACCCAUAUUGCAUCACACGACCAUCCCUCGCGUCGGAGCCGUGCAAAACGUGGUAGCUACAAUUGGUCCGCAAAGGGCAAGGAUGAUGGCUAACGGCAACGGCAAUCUCUCGCCUGAUGAUUGGGCGAACAACAGUCUGAAAUGGAUCAUCGACCUGACGAUCGCGUAUCCCGACGGCAAGCCCUUGGAUAUUCUGACUAUUUUUAUGGCGACGGCCGCGCCUUGCAACACCAUAUUCCACUACCGGUGCUAUCCCAUUUCGGAGGUGCCGACGGACAAUGAGCUGCUGAAGCAGUGGGUCUACGAUCGAUACAUCGAGAAGGAAUCGAUGCUGGCCACGUAUUACGCGACGGGGAAAUUUCCAGAUCACCGGCGACCUGACGAGUUCUGCCGCCCGCGUCAAGUCCUUCACGACGGAUUCCGCACCGUCAUAUUACAUGUCCUUUACAUCACGUCCACGCUGUUCCACUGGAACUUGCUGACAUUGCUCUUUUCUUCGAUUUUCUGAGAUAAAGAGGUGAAAAAAAUAAGGUCUCACACACGUGUUCGAGUCACAUAGCUUUCGUGUCUGCUUUUUUGUUUCCCACUCCCCCCCCCCCCAUUCGUCUACGUUCGUGUCGUCUCGUGUUGCACGCUUCUGUUCGUGCUGGCCGUUGUGAAGUUCCCAUCAGCACGGUGUAGAAAACCUCCCCUUUAUCCUUACCUAUUUUUGCGACAUCGAUUCCUUAAAAAUAUAAAAUUCCUGCCCGUCUCUUUUUUUUUUCCAGUCCCCGUGCAAAAGUCAAGACUUCAGUAUCCCAUCUUAUGUGUCUGUGCGCCUGUGGAUUCUUUGUACGUAGAGAAAAGUGGUCUCACAGUGUUUGACAUGUUCA